UGCUGGAGAUGACUGUCAGCUGCUUUCUCCGCGUAGCCACCGUCACAUGCCCCAGCUCCGGAGCCUGGGACGCCUGACCACAGACCAGCAUCUCUGAGGCAUGAAUAAUUAGGCAGGCAUAAUGGAAGGCACUCACUGCACCCUCCAGUUGCGUAAGCCCAUUACCGAACUCUGCUACAUCAGCUUCUAUCUUCCACGGGGGGACGUCAGAGGAUUUUCAUACAAGGGCACCGUAACUCUAGACAGAUCCAAUAAAGGGUUUCAGAACUGCUACCAAGUCAGGGAGGGGUCAGACAUCAUCAGCCUCAGCCUACAGCCGGACGAACACCCAGGCGACAUAUUUUUCAAGGAAACUCCCACGAAAGACAUUCUAACCGAGCUGUAUAAACUCACAGCCGAGAGGGAGAGGCUGCUGGCCAAUCUUCUGAGCUCGGACCACAUCCUGGGGAUCACGAUGGGGAACCAGGAUGGGAAGCUGCCGGAGCUGUCCGUGAGCCUGGCCCCCGAGGACGACUGUUUCCAGAGCGCUGGCGACUGGCAGGGGGAGCCCCUCGUGGGCUCUCUCAAUAAGAGGAGCACCCAUGGGAACAAAAAGCCCCGGAGGUUUGGUGGAAGGAGAGAGAGCAUGGAGGUGCUCCCGCAGAAGAGGACAAGAAGAAAAGGUCAUGGGGGCCAGGAACUGGCUCCUCCAACGGGGAGGGACUACAUCUGUUCUAGCAAUUCCCUUCCUCUUUCUCGAGCAAGGCCUCACCUUGAUCUUCUAGAGGAGAAAGGCAACUUGCUCCCGAGUAGGCCACGUACCUCUUCCCUGCACAGGACAGAGAGCUGCCCCCCAGAGAUCUCCAGGACGCCGGACCCUGACCCUGACUUUGGGAGCUUUGGGCUGGCUUCAGAGGACACUGAGCUUGGAAGAGGGGGGCUGCCCCCUGAGUGCAACUCCUCAGAGCAAGGGGGUGGUGGUGUAGGGGGGCUCCGGAGGGCACCUGGCAGCCGGGCGUCGCAGCAAACAGGUUCCUCUAUAAAUCACGAGCAUCCUGAGAAGCAUCCAUACACAGAGAGGGGCCAGAGGGAGAAGUCUGCUGAGUGGACUCACAGGAAGAAACCUGUUUCCAAAGUGGUGGCCAAAGCCCAGGAUCUGACCGCUCAGGUGCAGAGAGCGGUUAAAACACGUCCUGAGGGCGAAGGAAGAAUUGCUGUUGGCCCAGCGGCCCAAGCUGAGUCCAUACCCAGCGCAGUCCUGCUCACCCUCCCAGCAGCCAAGGCUGGGGCUCAUGGUUCCAAGCAGCGGGGCAAGGAGCAGCGAGGGGACGGGUCACUGCAGUCAUCAGCCUGGGAAUGUCCUCCAGCCGGCACCGAGGGGGCAGUGAACAAGGUCCUCCUGAAGGUGAUAGAGAGCGAGAAGUUAGUUGAAGCCACUGAGGGGAAGAGGCUGGGCUUCCCCCUCAGGAGGACGGCCCCCCACACCCUCCCAGACACCAGAAGCAGGAGGAGAGCUGGGCGGUCUGUGAGUGGCCACAAGACCUUGUUUCUGGAUCUGCCCCGCAGCGCUGGCCCCGACUCCGCACAGGGCGGAGGUGAUGAGAAGAGGCCGUGGCCCCCGGCUCUGGGCAUGGUAUUUAAUAAUUCAUCCUCUCCGUCUGGCACACACGGGCGGCUGUCACCUGCUUCCUCGCCUCUACCUCCAAGGCUCCCCAGCCCGCAGCAGCAUCGCAGGAUCCUCCAGCUGCCUGGCAGGAGGGAAGCCGCUCUUGAUGACUCUCCUGGGCGAAAGAGUGGUACCGUCUCUGGGUCCACCUCUGUCGACACCUUGGAGCCAUCAUCCUCCGCGAGGGUCACGGAGGCCACAGGAGCCAGCCCCGCCUUCCUCGGAGCAGACCAGCCUCGGUUGGCGCCUGGGGGACCUCUGGAAACGAGCUUGGGGUCCGGGAAGAUCACAGCUCAGACUCAGCGCCAGUCACCCCCAGGCAUCUCCUCGGAGGGCUUUCCCCGCGACUGCUUCCAUGAGCAGUCAGCCUCCAAAGACCUUCCCAUCAGGGAUGGAGGUGCGUGGGUCGUGGGCCCAAGAGCUGGACCAGCCUGUCCCUUCCUGUUCCGUGAGGAGAGAGAGAAGACAGAUAGGAGUGAAUUGUACUUGGAUCUCCAUCUUGACCACAGCCCCACUGAGCAGGACGAUAGGACCCCUGGCAGACUCCAAGCUGUGUGGCCACCCCCAAAGACAAAGGACACAGAAGAAAAAGUGGGAUUGAAGUACACUGAAGCAGAAUACCAAGCUGCUAUCUUACACUUGAAGAGGGAGCACAAAGAAGAAAUUGAAAACCUACAGGCUCAGUUUGAACUCCAGGCCUUUCACAUCCGGGGCGAGCAUGCCGUGAUAACAGCGAGACUGGAAGAAACCAUCGAGGGGCUCAGGCAGCAGAUAGAACACCGAUGGCGCGGAGGGUGUGAAGAGAUGCGAGAUGCGUGCAUCUCCACCGACGACGACUGUCCUCCGAAGACCUACAGAAAUGUGUGCAUCCAGACAGACAGAGAGACUUUCCUCAAACCCUGCGAAGGUGAUGGCAAGACAACCAGAAGCAACCAAAUCAUACCCAAAAAGCUGAAUAUCUCCUCUUUAAGCCAGCUCUCUCCCCCCAAUGACAACAAAGACACUCAUGCUCCACUUCCAUCUGCGGAAGGCACCUCGCCGAGCCAGGAAAAGGCAUCAUCUCUCCCCGCAGCACCACCUGCGCCAGCAGCCAUCCCUCCCCCUCCCCCCCUCCCCCCUGGACUUGGACCUCUGCCACCAGCACCUCCGCCACCGCCUGUGAGUGCCGGACCCCCCCCACCUCCGCCACCUCCCCUGCCUCCAAGUGCUGGCCCUCCCCCACCUCCGCCCCCGCCACCACUUCCUAGCUCACCUGCUCUGCCCAGCAGUGGGGGGCUUCCUCCUGCUCCAACACCCCCGGGACUUGUGCCCCCACCUCCUCCUGGCCUGUUCUUUGGAGUCAGCCCUUCUUCUAGCCAAUGUCCUCGGAAGCCAGCCAUUGAGCCCAGUUGUCCCAUGAAGCCUCUGUACUGGACUAGAAUACAAAUAAGUGAUAAGAGCCAAAGCGCUACACCAACCUUAUGGGAUUCCUUAGAAGAACCAGACAUUCGGGAUACUAGUGAAUUUGAGUAUUUAUUCUCCAAAGACACAACUCAGCAGAAGAAAAAACCUCUGUCGGAGACCUAUGAGAAAAAAAACAAGGUCAAAAAGAUCAUCAAGCUAUUGGAUGGAAAACGAUCUCAAACUGUGGGAAUCUUGAUAUCUAGUUUGCAUUUAGAAAUGAAGGAUAUCCAGCAGGCCAUUUUCAACGUGGAUGACUCGGUGGUUGAUCUGGAGACCCUGGCGGCCUUAUAUGAAAACAGAGCCCAAGAGGAUGAACUGGUUAAAAUAAGGAAGUAUUAUGAGACAUCCAAAGAAGAAGACUUGAAGUUGCUGGAUAAACCUGAGCAGUUUUUGCACGAGUUAGCCCAGAUCCCUAAUUUCGCUGAACGUGCCCAAUGCAUCAUCUUCAGGUCUGUCUUCUCCGAAGGCAUCACCUCCUUGCAUCGAAAGGUCGAGAUCAUCACACGAGCCUCUAAGGCCCUGCUGCACAUGAAGAGUGUGAAGGAUAUCUUAGCUCUCAUUCUGGCUUUUGGAAAUUACAUGAAUGGAGGAAACAGGACUCGGGGACAAGCAGAUGGAUAUAGCUUAGAAAUUCUGCCCAAACUCAAGGACGUCAAAAGCCGGGAUACCGGGAUUAAUCUGGUGGACUAUGUCGUGAAAUAUUACCUGCGCUACUACGAUCAGGAAGCGGGAACAGAAAAGAGCAUUUUCCCCCUGCCUGAACCACAAGAUUUCUUCCUGGCUUCCCAAGUCAAGUUUGAAGACCUCACAAAAGACUUGAGGAAACUGAAGAGGCAACUAGAAGCAAGUGAAAAGCAGAUGGCGGUGGUGUGCAAGGAGUCGCCAAAGCAGUAUCUCCAACCUUUCAAGGACAGGCUGGAGGAGUUCUUCCAGAAAGCCAAAAAAGAGCAUAAAAUGGAAGAAAGUCACUUGGAGAAUGCACAGAAAAGUUUUGAAACGACAGUGGGAUAUUUUGGGAUGAAGCCGAAGUCUGGUGAGAAGGAGAUCACUCCCAACUAUGUGUUCAUGGUGUGGUAUGAGUUCUGCAGUGACUUCAAGACGAUCUGGAAACGGGAGAGUAAAAACAUAUCUAAAGAAAGAUUGAAAAUGGCUCAGGAAUCGGUCAGCAAGUUGACGGCAGAGAAGAAAGUAGAGACAAAGAAAAUCAACCCCACGGCCAGUCUGAAAGAGAGGCUACGUCAGAAGGAAGCCAGUGUGACCACCAACUAAAAAAGAGACACGUGAAAACGACAGCAAGACUGAGUAACUUGCUCAUCUCUGUGUGAGGUCGUCUGAGCGAGAACCCUGCCUUCUCCAUGAAAUCCCCGGUUAAGCCACAGAAACAAUACAAAGCUGUUUAAGGAGAUAUUGCCGAAGUAUCUGAUCAUUGUCUCCUGUAGAGGUCCAAAGUCCACUUAGUUGUAAGACCAGAAGAAAUAUCAAGAUUUUCCAAAAAUGUUUAAAAGCAGAGACUUCCAGCUCUCUGACCUGCUAAUGACAUAUGUAAACUUGGGACAGAAGAAGAGAAGGGUAUUU